AUGUGUACGUACACAUAUAGCUGGUACAUCUGCAACCACAGCUACUACAUCUGGAGCGACACGAUAGAAAUCUGUACCAAUCGAUUCUUGUCAACUUAUUCAUACGAUGCUUGGUCGAUAGACAUGUGUAAAGACCACAUAGCAAUCUGCAAAGGCUUUGGCGAUUAUUACUGUCAAGAUUGCUCUGAGGACCAUACGCUUGAGUGGGAACUUGAGGAAUGA